ACGCGGUGUGCCGCGAGUUUAAACCAUGGAUGGGGCCAACGCGGACGUAAACAUGGCACAGGUCAGAGACUUGCAAGCGUCGCUAUUCCCGAUUUGUACGAAAGGUUCGUUUUUAAACAAUUUACUGAAUCGUACAUUGAGAAACAAUCAAAUUGAUAUAACUUCAGACGGCGACCCAAAACAGUUAGAAUCCAAAUUAAGAGACAUCAAAGAAAUUUUUCCAUUAAUGAAAGAGGUAGAUUGUCCUUAUCAAGCUGCAAGAUGGCCAAUGGAGUGUCAAGUCCUAGACGAUCCUGUUAUUCACAUUCACCCGACGUCUGCGUCUUAUUCAGAAAAAGAGCCUUUAUACAAGUUUACAGGUAAAGAAAUACAACCCAAACAAGUAGGUGAAGAUUCAGGAGAAGUAAUAUUUAAAUAUUAUCCUAUCAGUAGCGUGAACUAUUUUUGUCGUUCAGCCGUUGGUGGUAGCGCAUGUUCUCCAGCACACAGUAGCCAAGACCCUUCUGACUUGAUUUUUGAAUCACGUUUUGAAUCCGGUAACCUAGCCAAAGUUGUCAAAAUAACCAGUACAUAUUAUGAGUUAUCACUAAGAUCAGAUAUGUAUACAAAUCGACACACCCAAUGGUUCUAUUUUCGAAUAGAAAAUACAAAAAAAAACAUUAAAUAUAGAUUUUCUAUUGUCAACAUGUAUAAGUCUGAAAGCCUUUUCACUGCUGGUAUGAAACCGCUGUUAUACUCAACUAAAGAUGCAAGUCAAAAAAAUGUGGGUUGGAGACGUUGUGGGGAAAGCAUCGCAUAUUACAGAAACGAUGCACCAAACGGUGAUAGCGAGGAUAAUCCACGCUACAUCUUUUCAUUUCUCUUAGAGUUUCCACAUGAUAUGGAUACAGUAUACCUGGCCUACAACUAUCCGUACACAUAUACAGAUUUACAAGACUAUCUAAUAAAGCUCAAGGACGAUCCGGUUAAAGCAGUGUUUACAAAACUUAGAGUUCUGUGCCGAACAUUAGCUGGCAAUAAUGUGCAUUACUUGACUGUAACGGAACCUUGUCAAGAAGAAGAUCCCAAACAAAAAAAAGUGAUUGUUUUAACUGCACGGGUCCAUCCAUCCGAAACUCCAUCGUCUUGGAUGAUGAAAGGAUUAAUUGAUUUUUUAACUGGUGAUUCAUUGCAAGCGAAGGAAUUACGGAAUCGUUUUAUUUUCAAAUUAAUACCAAUGUUGAAUCCAGACGGCGUAGUUGUUGGUAAUAGUAGAUGUUCUUUAAAUGGACGGGACUUAAAUCGACAAUAUCGUAGCGUUAUUCGUGACGCCCAUCCGGUUAUUUGGCAUACAAAACUUAUGCUUCGAAGACUAAUUGAAGAACGUCAAGUAGUAAUGUUUUGCGAUUUGCAUGCACAUUCGAGAAAGUCAAAUAUUUUCAUGUAUGGAUGUGAAGGGAAAGGCCACGAAGGAAAAAAACUGCAGGAACAAAUAUUUCCACUUUUGUUGCACAAAAAUGCUCCGGAAAAAUUUUCAUUUGAAGAUUGCAAUUUCAACAUUCAACGUUCUAAGGAGAAUACAGCUCGUGUAGUUGUUUGGCUGAUGGGUGUUGAAAACAGCUACACUAUGGAAGCGUCAUUUUGUGGUUCGUCUCUUGGUUCUCGAGCAAACACUCAUCUCGCCAUCAAAGAUUUUGAAGAUAUUGGACAGACAUUUUGUGAAACGUUGUUAGACUACUAUAACGAAGAUCCCCGAAAUGAAAAAAUGAAAUUAAAAAUAUGCAGUCGACUAAUGGAACAGGGCUCCAAUGCAGAACAACCAAAGAAUAUAGACAUAUCCGAUUACUCAAGCGACGAGAGCUCAUCGAGUAUAUGUGAAGAAAUUGUUGACAAGUUGAGUUUUGAAGAAGACAUCACAUCUGUGACACAACUAUCAAUUAUUGUACCUCCCAGUACACCGGUUGUGCCGAAACGAAAAUCACGAAAAAAAAAAAGAAAAUCAAAAGAUUAUAAUACGAAAAUUAUUACGCCUCAAUAACUAUUUGGCUGUUGUAAUUACUUGUAAAGCUUUCAAUGUUCUAAUCUUUAAC